GAGAUCUGCACAAAUCCGCAGUUUAUUGUGGGAGGAGCCAAGAGGACUGACAUCUGCCAGGGAGCCCUGGGUGACUGCUGGUUGCUGGCGGCGAUUGCCUCCCUGACUCUGGAUAAGGACAUCCUGGCCCGCGUGGUUCCUCAGGAUCAGAGUUUCCAGGACAACUACGCCGGCAUCUUUCACUUCCAGUUCUGGCAGUAUGGCGAGUGGGUGGAUGUUGUCAUUGACGACCGGUUGCCAGUCCGAGACGGGGAGCUGCUGUUUGUGCACUCAGCUGAGGGCUCCGAGUUCUGGAGCGCCCUACUGGAGAAGGCCUACGCCAAGGCGAGCGGUUGCUAUGAGUCCCUGACCGGAGGCAGCACCAUCGAGGGCUUUGAGGACUUCACCGGGGGCAUCGCUGAGGCGUUCGACCUGACCAAGGCUCCUCCGUUCCUGUACAAGAUCAUGAAGAAGGCCCUCGGCCACGGCUCUCUGCUGGGAUGCUCCAUAGACAUCACGAGUGUGUAUGACACCGAAGCAAAGACUACCAUGAACCUGGUGAAGGGACACGCCUACUCAGUGACGGCAGCAGAGGAGGUGCACCUGCACGAGAGGCCUGUUCAGCUGGUGCGGAUCAGGAACCCCUGGGGGCAGGUGGAGUGGAGCGGAGCCUGGAGCGACAACUCAAGCGAAUGGGACGGCGUGAGGCCGGAGGAGAAGGCCAAGCUGGACUACUCCGCUGAUGAUGGGGAGUUCUGGAUGUCCUACUCUGACUUCACCCAUCAGUUCUCUCGUCUGGAGAUCUGUAGUCUGACCCCUGAUGCUUUGACCAGUGAUGAGGUGGGCCGCUGGAACCACUACCAGUUUGAAGGCACAUGGAGAGUAGGAUCCACUGCCGGAGGGUGCAGGAAUAACACAGCCACGUUCUGCUCCAACCCUCAGUUCUUCAUCCAUCUGAAGGAGGUGGACGACGACCCCCAUGACGGGGAGGAUGGCUGCAGCUUCCUGGUCGGGCUCAUGCAGAAGGACACGCGCCGAGAGAAGAUGUUUGGACGCGACCUCAACACCAUCGGCUAUGCCAUCUACCAGGUUCCUGAUGAGUAUAAGGGUCGCUCCAACAUCCACCUGGGUCCGGACGUGUUGCUACGGCAACGCGCGGUGGCCAUGAGCCACACCUUCGCCAACCUCCGUGAGAUGUGCGACCGCUUCAAGCUCCCGCCCGGCGAAUACGUCAUCAUCCCGUCCACCUUCGAGCCGCACCGCAAGGGCAGCUUCGUGCUGCGUGUCUUCUCCGAGAAGCAGGCCGCCACCAGGUGGGUGCAGAGGGAUAUCAACGCUGAAGUUGAUGAGCCUGAGAUUUCUACGACAGAUGUGGACCCGCAUUUUAUGAGACUGAAUGGUCAGUACAGUGGUGGGGACUCGGAGAUCUCUGCAUUUGAACUCCAACAGAUAUUAAACAAAGUCAUCUCUCAACGUACUGAUGUGAAGACGGAUGGCUUUAGCCUGGAGACAUGUCACCACAUCAUCAGCCUGCUGGAUGUAUCCUUCAAUGGGUUGCUAUUUUAACAGACAAUAGAUUUUUUAUUUUACAACAUAACACAAAACAACCCAGAACGAGCUCAAAUUACCGAAACUCAACACCCUUAACCAAACGUUGGGGUUCAAAAAACAACCUAGCAUUUUUUUUAGCAUUGGAUGAUUUUGAUAGAUGGUGUGUUUUUAACAAUUGUUAUAUAAAAAUGGUAAUUUUGUCAAUAUUAUUGCCAGCAUUGAUGAUCACAGUAAAGUCUUUACAAUUCAGAAGCACACAUUUAAGUGUACGGUAUACCUUUAACCUUUUCCAAACAC